AUGGCCUCCUACAAUCCCAGCCAAAUCAUCAUUGUUGAAGUCGGAAGACGUAGAACCUACGCCGGAUUUGCCAGUGAUGAUGCUCCUCAUGUGAUACUGAACGAAGACUGCGGACUACCCCCCAUCUUCGAACUCUGGCCGGAAGGCCUGGCCGCGAUCCUCCAACGCGUCUACGAAGCCCUGCAGGUUGCACCGGCGCACCACCCCAUCCUGCUCGCGAUCUCGCCCACAACAGCCAGCUUUCACGCCCAAGCCGACCUGGCGCAGAUGAUGUUCCAGCGCUUCCACAUCCCUGCACUGGAAUUCGUACCGGACGCGUUACUGCUCGCGCGGGCCGCGAAUCGAACGACCGCCGCCGUCGUCAACUUUGAGACUUCGUCACCCUACCUUGUCGCCGUGGUUGAGGGCGUGGUCGCAGGAUCGUCGAGUUCGGUGCCGUCCUUUCUGACGAAGGCCAGGAAUGAUGUGCUCCUCAAUGGCGCUUUUGAGCUGGAUGUUAAACGUACCUUGCUUGGCAAUAUCGUUGUGCCCGAAAACAUGAGGUAUCCGGAAGAGUUAGUUGGUCUAAGGCAGGAUAUGACUGCUGGGAUGAGUAGAGACGCGGUGGAGGAGGUUCGGUUUGUUGAGCCUGAGAUUGGCGAGAUCUCCGUCUGGCGAGGCGCGAUCCUCAUGGCGGCUAUCUGUAGCCGUGAGAAUUGUUGGGUGGUGAAGGAGGACUUUGAGGAAAAGAUGCGCAUGGAUGGGAUGAAUGCUGUAUCUCUAAUCUUUUCAGAAAGGGGCUAUAUAGUCGACAGUGCUAGGUAG